AUGGACACGAAACUGCACCCUGCCGUUACUGUGUCCAGUGUUACCAACAUCAUCCCCAUCAAGCUCGAGAUGGACACCGGCCACUGGCCGUCUUGGUCAGAACUCUUCAAAACCACCUGCAAAGCCUACCAAGUUCAUGAUCACCUUCUCCCUCGCCCACCACCCGCUACCCCUGCUGCCGCUGAUAAAGACAAACAGUCGGACGCCGACGCCGCAUGGGAAAGGCUGGAUUCCAUUGUCCUUCAAUGGAUAUAUGGCACAAUUUCUCAGGACCUUAUCCAUACCAUUGUUGAACCCGACAAGAACCGCACCGCUCAUCAAGCAUGGACCACUCUUGAAAAUCUUUUUCAAGACAACAAGAGUGCCCGUGCUCUCCACCUGCGCCACCGCUUUACGAAUACUCGUCUUGAGAACUUCCAAAGCAUCUUCGCGUACUGCCAAGAGCUUAAAACACUGUCCGAUCAGUUGGCCAGCGUCGGUCACCCGGUCGAUAAUGAUGGACUCGUCCUACAACUUAUUGCAGGACUCACUGAACAAUAUGAGAGCAUCGGUACCCUUCUUCAAGCUCGGGAACCCCUACCACCGUUUUACACGGCUCGCUCAAAACUAUGCAUGGUUGAAUCACGUAAAGCCGAAAACACUCUCCAUGCAUCUAAAACUGCUAGCACGGCUCUAAACACCUCUACUCGCUCCACCUCCUCCCAACAAGUCACUGAGCCCACCUAUGACCGCUCCCGCGGACGAGGAAGAAACCAAUGGGGACGUGGACAACCCUCUUACAAUUCUUGGUCCAACCCUUUCCCACCCUACUAG